GCAUACACUUACACAAAAUUUAACUGAGCUUAUGUGAUUGCAUUUUGAAACGACAUUAAGAUUUUUCAAAUGAAGUGUUUUAUUAUUCAGUGACCGCAAUAAAGCGUACUCAACAUGUUUGCUGCACUAAAUUUUCGAUGGGUUUUGGUUUGGAUCUGCGUUAUUGUGUUUGGUUUUGCGACUCAAACCACACAGGUGCCGGCUCAGUUCGUAACGCAACCGUCCACUGCUAUAGCAAAGUUGACGCAUCCUCAGCUAAAACGGAGACUGAUGAUUACUUCCUCGACCCGGACGAUGACUCCAACAACCAUGAUCAGGAUCUUCAAAUCAGGGUGCCAAGAACUCCAAAGCCUAGACCAUCCCUAGCGGCCAUACAAUCGAGUAAAUACCUCGGCUUUCAGGGUCCGAACGGAAAAAACCCCCUAAAACCCUCAACACCUCUACCACUUUACGAAACAAAAAACUCUGGGGUGGACCAACUGGCUCAGAGCCUGGGCGUGAUGACACUCCAAAAUCCGUCUCAAUCGGCGUCUCAAUCAAGAGGCUGGAGCUGGAGCAGGUUCAGAAGCAGCCUUAGGAGGAGUACGUUGAGAAGGAGCAAGAUGCAAAUGGACUUGAGUUAUUUAUUAAAAUCUGCGACCAAGAAUGAACCUAUCAAGUCAGAGAAUGAACCUACCAGUCCAAUGUCAUCGGACUCCGGGUAUGAUGCCGGGUACAGUUCAGGUUAA